AUGGAAGACGACAGGGCACAAGCAGAUCUCGGCAUCGCUGCCGACAUUGAGGAGGCUCAGGCACCAGAGCCGGUGCAGAGACAACCAAGAAAGAGGUUCGUCGGCCGACGCAAAGCCGGCGAGGGCUCGCGCAAUGGAGGUGUACCAUCAGUCGAGGAUAGUGGGGCCAUUCAAGUCGCACAACCGCGGAGGGCACCAAGGCUACUGAACCAGGUGCCGCCAGAGAUCCUCAAUGAUCCGGCCCUCAACGAGGCCAUGAGCCUUCUGCCAUCAAACUACUCGUUCGAGAUACCCAAGACCGUCCAUCGCAUUCGGACGUCGGGGGCCAAAAAGGUCGCGCUGCAGAUGCCCGAAGGUCUUCUUCUUUUUGCGACCACUAUUUCAGACAUACUAACCGAGUUCUGCCCCGGGAUCGAGACGCUCAUCAUGGGCGACGUGACCUAUGGCGCCUGCUGCAUCGACGAUUACACGGCGCGGGCGCUCGGGUGCGACUUGCUGGUGCACUAUGCACACAGCUGCCUCAUCCCCGUCGACGUGACCAAGAUCAAGACGCUCUACGUCUUUGUCGACAUUAGCAUCGACACGACGCACCUGCUCGCCACGCUGGAGCGCAACUUUGCCGCGCCCAAGACCAUUGCCAUUGUGGGAACGAUCCAGUUCAACGCCACCAUUCACGGGACGCGGUCGGCGCUCGAGCGCGCGGGCUUUCGCGUCCUGGUCCCGCAGAUUGCGCCCCUGUCCAAGGGCGAGAUUCUCGGCUGCACGUCGCCACGGCUGCCCGACUCGGAAAACGUCGACCUCAUCCUCUACCUGGGCGACGGCCGCUUCCACCUCGAGAGCAUCAUGAUCCACAACCCGGCCAUCCCGGCCUACCGGUACGACCCGUACUCGCGCAAGCUGACGCGCGAGACGUACGGGCACGACGAGAUGCAAGGCCUUCGGCGCGCGGCCAUUUCCACGGCAAAGGGCGCCCGCAAGUGGGGGCUGAUCCUGGGCUCGCUGGGCCGCCAGGGCAACCCGCACACCAUGUCGCUCAUUGAGUCCAAGCUCACGGCCGCCGGCAUCCCCUGGGUCAACCUCCUGCUCAGCGAGAUUUUCCCUGGCAAGCUCGCCCUCAUGUCGGAUGUCGAGUGCUGGGUCCAGGUCGCCUGCCCUCGUCUCAGCAUUGAUUGGGGAUACGCUUUCCCCCGCCCCCUGCUGACGCCCUAUGAGGCUCUCAUUGCUCUCAAUGAGAGGGAGGAUUGGGCAAAGACUGGUGGUGUCUAUCCCAUGGAUUACUAUGCCCGCGAGGGUCUGGGCAGAACGAAGCCGUUAUCAAUAAGUAGCUGA